AUGGAGCUUAAAUUGGAGCAUAUUUCUCAGGGUCGGCAAUCGCUGAGUCCUGGUGGUGAGCGUACUCUGUCAAUGCGUGAUUUGCGUGUUACUGCUAUAGCUAACCUCGGUGCUACUCGUGAUGGUUAUGAUUGCCUUGACCUGAGCAAUAACGAGAUCCGUAAAUUGGAUAACUUUCCGCUACUUCCACGUCUUCGUACUCUGGUGGUAGCUGGCAAUCGCAUUAGUAAGAUAUCUAGAGAUUUGGGUACAUCGCUGCCAAAUUUAACUUCGCUAGUGCUUACGGGUAACAGUAUCACUCAUCUGCGUGAUCUAUCUCCUCUUUUUGCUUUGUCUAAGUUAGAGCGUCUUUCACUUUUGGACAACCCUGUUACGGCUGUACCUAAUUUUCGGCUCUCUAUGGUCCUUCGCCUUCCGUCGCUGCGUUUCCUUAACUUCUGCAAAGUUACGAAGAAGGAACGUGAUUCGGCUGUAUCAUUUUUCCGUACAGAGGAGGGUUUGUCACUGUUACGUGAACAAGGUUAUGAGCUUCCAACAUCUGACUCAUUGGGAUUCGACGGUUAUUCUCCAGCUACGAUGGUGGAGAAGACUAUUGACGUUAAUGCGCUACCAGAGGUUGAUAAGGGUAUAAUGGGCUCUGUGUCGGAGCUGCCAUCCGCCGUUUAA